AUGGGGAGCGUCGCCGCCGGGGCGGCGCCAUGGAUCCCUCGUGCGGCGGCGGCGGCGGCGGCGGUGGCGGUUUGGUCCACGUUUGACUUCCCGGAGAUCACCAGCGCCUUGUUGGCCAACCUCAACCAACAACGGGUGGAAGGGAAACUCUGCGACAUCUCCAUCCACGUGCAAGGUCGGGUUUUCCGCGCUCACCGCGCCGUUUUGGCGGCUUCUUCGCCGUAUUUCCACGACCAGGUCUUGCUGAAGAACAUGACCUCCAUCGUCCUGCCCAGCGUGAUGGACCCCGGCGCCUUCGAAACCGUCUUGGGUUCGGCUUACACCGGCCGGCUCUCCAUGGCGCCCGAGGAGAUCGUCAACUUCUUGACGGUGGGCAGCGUCCUUCAGAUGUGGCACAUCGUGGACAAGUGCACCGAGCUCCUCAAGGAAGGACGAGCCGCCCCGGCGCCGCCGGGCCCUUCUUUCCUCCUCCUCCUCCUCUUCCUCUCCUCCUCCUCCUCCUCCUUGCGCGCCCACUCCAGCCGCACCAGCGACAACCAGUCCCCCAGCAGCAGCAACUACUUCAGCCCCCGCGACGCCGCCGAAGGCGCCGAACCCCCCAAAUAUCCGCCCCGGGGGGUCCCCGAGGAGGUGGGGAAGGGAGGAAGCGGCGAUCUGCUGGAGGCGGAGGAGGGCAGCGAGGACGGCGAAGGCGGACGCCGACCCCUCUACGUCCAACCAAGCAUCGUCCCCCAAAAACAAUGGGUCUACGUCAAACAGGAAUGGCUGCAGGAGGAUCUGGUCCUCACCUGCGAGGAAGACGAGGAUCCGGUGGAAGGACCCGCUCAAGGACCACCCCGCGGCGGUGCCGCCGCCGCCCGUCCCGCCGCCCCCAAACUGGAGGAGCAGGUGAACUUCUGCGAAUCCUCCGAGGAUUUCCCCUCGCCCUACGAAAGCUUGGAAGACGCCGGCGGCGGUGCCGGUUCCUUCCCACCUCGUUCCCUCCUCCCCAUGGACAUGCAAGGCAACCAGAUCUUGGUCUUCCCACCUCAAACCCCGGUCGAACACGGCGCCGUCCAACUGACGACGGCGGCGGCCGACGGCAACAAGAUUUUCAUGUGCCAUUGCGGCAAAGCUUUCUCCCACAAGAGUAUGAGGGACCGUCACGUCAACAUGCACCUCAACCUCCGUCCCUUCGACUGUCCCGUCUGCAACAAGAAGUUCAAGAUGAAGCACCACCUCACCGAGCACAUGAAGACCCACACCGGCCUCAAACCCUACCAGUGCGACGUCUGCGCCAAAAAAUUCAUGUGGCGCGACAGCUUCAUGCGGCACAAGGGCCACUGCGAACGUCGCCAUCGGUUGGCGGGAGCUUUGCCGGUUCCUCCUCCCGCCUUCCUCGGGGCGGCCAAGAAGGAGCAAGGUCCCAUCUAA